AUGGCUCAACCCCAUAUAAAAAAUGAUUGGUUCAAUGUUCUUCUUGAAAAUUCUUUUCAGCAUUCAUCUCUUCCAAUAAGAUAUCUACCUUAUAAUUUGGUUGAAGCCAGAGAAAGAGAGAAAAUGAUCUUAUUGGAAGAGAUAAAUGAUGACGAUUGUGGUUUAAGGCAUUGUGAUUGUUAUCUCGAGGAUAGGAUGCAAUUACCAUUUAUAAUUCAAUCAAAAAUUAUUUAUUUAUCUUGUUCCAGAAAACACCAGCAGCAUCAUUUAAAGAUAACCGAUCUAUUUAAAAUAGCUGGUGUAUCAAAGAAAUGGAGGGAAACUGUAAAAAGAAAUAUGAGUGCGUCAUAUCCACUCUUAUUUAAUCCAUUGGUACAUUGUAUUAGUGAAUUCAAACAACACAGUUCCAAUCUACUUUGUCUGUUUGGUAAUCCCCAAAAGAUAAGUUUAGAUAAUAGUAAAGACAGAGAUUAUGAUCGAUUCAAGAGUCGUAUGCAAUUUAAAAGAAAUUUAAAUUUCAUUGGUUCUCAAGAGCAGACACAAUGGUUCAUUAAUACAUUCCUACAAGAAAUUCAUACGAUAGAGAAUAUAGCAAUUUAUAAACACUCUAUUUGUUUUCUCAAUCAAGUAUUCAAGUGUCAACUACCUAGUCUAAAGUUACUAGAUUUCCAAUCAGCAGAGAAAUCCUAUUAUUUGAUGAAUCAUCUUUUAAUAAAUAAGGAUCAUUCUCAUUCAAUCAAUCAUACAGUGGUAUCCAAUAUUGAAUCUAUGACUAUAUCACUGUGUCAUUUAGAUUGGUGUAGAAAUCUAAACCACUUUCAAAAUUUAAAGAGUUUGGAUUGUACAAUCAAUGAAGAAUUUAUUGGAACUAUGUCGACCAAUAUUCCACAGUCUGUUACCAACCUAUCCAUUUCAGUCAUACCAAGUAGUACCAUCGAAUCUCCAACUAUUCGUAUUCCACCAAACUUUCUACCCAAGUCGUUACAUUGUCUAAAAUUAGGGUGUCAUUCAAAAUCAUUUGAAAUCGAUCACCUUUUAGAUUGUAUUUCAAAACUUGGCAAUACAUUUGAAAAGUUGGAUUAUAGAAUCGAUAUUGACCAUCUAUCACUACCAUAUCUCAAAGAUACUAGAAUGAAAGAUAUUCAAAUUAAAGUAUCAAAUAAUGUAGAGAGAUACUUGAUCAAAGAAGCUAUAUUAUCAUCAACCAUUCAAAGACUUGAUAUUGAAAUGGAAAACAUAUCAGAUUCAUCUUUUGGAAUUCUAACAGCUCUGUUAUUGGAUAGUGAGUUAGACAAUUUAGAAUAUCUAAAGAUUCGGUCAUCAAUGAAUGAUAAUGAUGAUUUGGAUCAAGUAUCAGCAGAUGAUAAAUUAAUAACCAAUUUCAUUGUAUUGGUAAUUACCCAACUUAAAUCACUCAAAGAGUUUUCAACAACAAUCAUACCAUCAAACUUUGCCAACAACCAAGUUGAAAUGAAAGAAUGGUCCAAUCAAAUAAUUAAUUCCCUUCAACAAAGCAAAUCAAUUAAAUUUAUAUCACUCAAUAACUUCUUUCAAGAUAAUAAUAAUAAUAAUAGUAUGUCUAUUCCAAAAUCAUUAUAUUCAUUACCCUUUAUGGGAGAGAUAUUAUUACCAUUUAUAAUACAAUCAAAUAUUAUUUAUUUAUCAUGUACUAGUAGAAUUAGAUAUCAGCACAAAAAUGUAAAUACAAAGAUUAAAGAGUUGUUUGGUAUUGCUGGAGUAUCAAAACAAUGGCGUGAAUUGGUAAAGAGAUGGGUUAAAGAUGUCAUCCCACUAACUUUCUCACCAAUGUUACACGAGAUUGAAGAGUAUUUGCAACAUACUGCUCAUCCACUCUGUCUGUUUGGUAGUACUCAAAAGAUUGAUCUUUUGGGGUCACCCAAUCGACUAGAAAAGUUUGUUCAACUCAUGACCAAAGAUCAAACACAAGACGAUGGUGGCAGUGUAUCAGACUUUCUAGAUGGUAUCUCUUCCAUCGAUCUUAGAUAUUUAAACACCAAAUCAAAAGACUCUAAACCAUUCAUACAUCUACUUUUUCAAUACCCACUACCAAACCUAAAAUCAUUGAAAAUGCCAGAGAUCAAUACAUUUGAACAAGACAAGAUUCUAUUUUAUUCGGGUGGUCUUGUUGACCCGUUGGUUCAACUUGAAUCGCUCACCAUUACUAUUGACGAUUCAGAUGAUAUUGAUUGGUGUUUAGUAUUGAAAGAAUUUAAAUGUUUGACCAAAUUGGAGAUUACAUUGAACAAAACAUACCUAUCUCUUGAAACUAUCUUUUCAAGUGUUCCACCAACCGUCACUGACUUUUGUCUACGUACACUUAUCCAAAUCAACAAUCAAUCGAUUUCACUUGGCUUUCUACCACCAUCCAUUCAAACUUUAAAGUUACCUAGACUCAUCUUCCAACACCAUAUCCAAGAUUUGUUAAAUUAUACUCUCUCAAGCAACAUCGGUAAAUUAGAGUAUCAAAUUGAUAUCAAUAGUCAGUCUCUAUCAGUUCUAUCACAAACCAAAAUGAAAUCAAUUAAAAUCAAAUUAUUUCAAGAUACACAUUGUCAACCUACCCAAGCAAUCCUUUCAUCAUCAAUUGAAAAGAUUCAUAUAGAAUGUGAUUUGGGUGAAAAGUCACUCUCAAUUCUCCAAACCAUGUUGACAAACCUACCAAACCUCAAAGAACUGGUCUUACAAAUUUCAAAAACAGACCAAACUCUUGAAAUUCUGUUUGGUCUACUCACACAACUCAUCAACCGGUCAAAGCAUGUCAAAAGGGUAAAAAUCAUUAGUACUCCCUAUUUAACAUUUCCACAAGGCAAUCAUAUAGUCACUACCUACAAUCAAUUACUAGAUGCAUUGGUACAAAGCCAAUCAAUUUAUGAAUUUAAAUAUUUCCAUCAAUCGUCAAAGAGUACCACAUCUACAUCAUCAUUCAACUUUUAUACACCAAUCAAACUGCCAUUAGUUGCAACUGACAAUCGUUAUGAAUUACAAAUAUACAAUACAAAUAAUUUAAAUAUUGAUAUUAUUAAUAUUAAAAAGAUUUAA